UUGUUGUUUACCAGACCAUGGAUUGCUGUCGAAGUGAUGAGAGUUCGCUCGAAAGAAAGAUUAACAAAAGGAUUCAAAUUGAGAUCAAAAAAGACAAACGAAACUCCAGACGACAGAUAAAGUUGUUAUUGUUGGGAACGGGAGAGUCGGGUAAAAGUACUUUCAUUAAACAAAUGCGAAUUAUUCAGGAAAAAGACUUUUCAUCGGCCGAAAAACAACGAUAUAUUUGUGUUAUUCAUUCAAACAUAUUGAUGGCUAUGGAAUCGAUUGUUAAGGCAAUGGUUGUAUUGAAAAUUAGCUACCAGUCCCCGGAAUGUCACAAUUAUAGUCAACUGUUUCAGAAUUUGGACACCAAUUCACUACAUCAUAAUAAACAUCAUCAUCUGAACAAUGAUUUAGUGGAAGCAAUCAAAUAUUUGUGGUCCGAUUCAGGUGUCCAGGAAUGCUAUAGACGACGAAACGAGUAUCAGUUGUCCGAUUCGGCCAAAUAUUACAUCGCAAACGUCGAUCGUAUUGCUUCAGACAGCUAUCUUCCGACACAACAGGACAUACUCAGAGCCCGGGCGCCGACUAACGGUAUCAAUGAGUAUACGUUUGCCAUGGAAUCGAUAAUCUUCCGGUUGGUCGAUGUCGGCGGACAGCGAUCCGAACGACGCAAAUGGAUCCACUGUUUUGAAAAUGUGACGUCAAUUAUCUUUAUCUGUGCGUUGAGUGAAUUUGAUCAGGUCUUGAAUGAAUGCAAAAACGAGAACCGACUCCAAGAAAGUAUGGCACUGUUUAAGACAAUUGUCACCUGCGAAUGGUUCCACAAUUCAUCGGUUAUUAUAUUCUUCAACAAACAUGAUUUGUUUGAGGAGAAGAUGCUGUCGGGUGUCUCACAUCUUAACCAUUACUUUCAGAAUUAUGACGGUCCGGAUGGCGAUGUCAUCAGUGGUCGACAAUUCAUUACGAAUAUGUUCUUUGAUUUACUCACUGACUAUAGUCUGAAACGGAUUAUCUAUUCGUACUUUACGUGUGCCACCAAUACUGAUAAUAUUAGGUUUGUGUUCAAAGCAGUCAAAGAUACCAUCUUUGAGUUGUUGUUGCGGAAAGAAAUUCAAAUUUUCUAA